CCGUGCCGUGCGCGGGGGCCGGCGCCGAUGGCGGCAGGCGCAGGGGGCGGCUGAGCGAGCCGCCGGGGCCCGUCGUGUCCGUCCGCCGUCGCCGCCGCCGCCUCUGCCGGGCCCGUCCCGCCCCCCCGCCGCCAUGGAGGCGCUGAUCCCCGUCAUUAACAAACUGCAGGACGUGUUCAACACGGUGGGGGCCGACAUCAUCCAGCUGCCGCAGAUCGUGGUGGUGGGCACGCAGAGCAGUGGAAAGAGUUCUGUGUUGGAAAGUCUUGUGGGAAGGGAUCUGCUCCCACGAGGUACUGGAGUUGUCACCCGGAGACCCCUCAUUCUGCAGCUGGUGCACGUUUCCCCAGAGGAUGGUCGGAAAGGAGCUGGAGAUGAAAAUGACCCUGCUACAUGGAAAAAUCCAAGACACCUUUCUAAAGAGGUAGAUGCUGCAGAAUGGGGCAAAUUUCUUCAUACCAAAAAUAAGAUCUAUACAGAUUUUGAUGAAAUUCGUCAGGAAAUAGAAAAUGAAACAGAGAGGAUUUCAGGAAAUAAUAAGGGGAUCAGUCCUGAACCUAUUCAUCUUAAGAUUUUUUCAGCUAAUGUUGUGAAUCUGACUCUUGUGGAUUUACCUGGAAUGACAAAGGUGCCUGUUGGUGAUCAGCCUAAGGACAUUGAACUUCAAAUAAGAGAGCUAAUCCUUCAGUUCAUCAGCAACCCAAACUCGAUUAUUCUGGCAGUCACAGCCGCUAACACAGACAUGGCAACCUCAGAAGCACUUAAAAUAGCACGUGAGGUGGAUCCAGAUGGUCGAAGAACCCUUGCUGUUAUCACAAAGCUGGAUCUCAUGGAUGCUGGCACUGAUGCUAUGGAUGUCCUCAUGGGAAGAGUGAUUCCAGUCAAACUUGGCAUCAUUGGAGUAGUGAAUAGGAGUCAGUUGGACAUUAACAACAAGAAGAGUGUGGCUGAUUCCAUUCGUGAUGAGUAUGGUUUUCUCCAAAAGAAGUACCCUUCCCUAGCCAACCGAAACGGAACCAAGUAUCUUGCUAGAACAUUGAACAGACUACUGAUGCAUCAUAUCAGGGAUUGCUUGCCAGAACUGAAAACCAGAAUUAAUGUUUUAGCUGCUCAGUACCAGUCUCUACUGAACAGCUAUGGAGAACCCGUUGAAGACAAAAGUGCUACUUUAUUGCAGCUUAUUACCAAAUUUGCCACAGAAUAUUGUAACACUAUUGAAGGAACAGCAAAGUACAUAGAGACUUCAGAGCUAUGUGGUGGAGCCAGAAUCUGCUAUAUUUUUCAUGAGACCUUUGGAAGAACUUUGGAAUCUGUUGACCCGCUGGGUGGCCUUAAUACAAUUGAUAUUCUGACUGCCAUUAGAAAUGCUACCGGUCCCCGUCCUGCCUUGUUUGUUCCUGAAGUUUCAUUUGAGUUGCUGGUAAAAAGGCAAAUCAAACGUUUAGAAGAGCCCAGCCUGCGCUGUGUGGAGCUGGUUCAUGAAGAAAUGCAGAGGAUUAUCCAGCAUUGUAGUAAUUACAGUACCCAGGAAUUACUGAGGUUUCCUAAAUUGCACGAUGCCAUAGUUGAAGUAGUAACCUGUCUUUUGCGUAGAAGACUUCCUGUCACAAAUGAAAUGGUUCAUAAUCUUGUGGCCAUUGAGUUAGCUUAUAUCAAUACCAAACAUCCAGACUUUGCUGAUGCCUGUGGUUUAAUGAAUAACAACAUAGAGGAACAAAGGCGUAACAGGUUAGCUCGGGAAUUGCCUUCUGCUGUGCCACGAGACAAGUCUACUAAGGCUCCAGGUGCAUUGCCACCUGCUUCCCAGGAGACUGUUACUGCUGCUUCUGCUGAGGCUGAUGGCAAGGCUGCUCCUGGAGCAGCAGAUACAUCUCAGGAGCCUGGGACAGGCAACUGGAGAGGAAUGCUGAAACCCUCAAAAGCAGAAGAGGUAUCAGCAGAGGAAAAAUCCAAGCCAGCUGCAGCCCUACCUGCUAGUCCUCAAAAAGGACAUGCUGUAAACCUGUUAGAUGUGCCUGUACCUGUUGCACGCAAACUUUCUGCCCGUGAGCAACGAGAUUGUGAAGUGAUUGAACGACUUAUUAAAUCCUACUUCCUUAUUGUCAGGAAGAACAUUCAGGACAGUGUGCCAAAGGCAGUGAUGCAUUUUCUAGUGAACCACGUGAAGGACACUCUUCAGAGUGAGCUGGUAGGCCAGCUGUAUAAAUCCUUGUUGUUGGAUGACCUUCUGACGGAAUCAGAGGACAUGGCACAGCGCAGAAAAGAGGCAGCUGACAUGCUAAAGGCCCUGCAGCGAGCCAGCCAGAUCAUUGCAGAGAUUCGUGAGACACAUCUUUGGUGAAGACUGUAUCAGCCACACUAUUUAUAUGCAUUGGAGGUUACAUUGGCUUGAAAAUUGCUAGGCAUGGUAUACGGAGUAGAAUUUUUAUUUAUGAACUCUUAUCUGUGUACUGCAACUGUGUAAAUCUGCUCAUGUAAAGACAGUUGGUUUGAUUUGCAAACAGGAAAAUAUGCUGUAUUUUGCAAAAGAAGUCGUAUUUAAUCCACAUAAUAAAUGGCUCUAAAUGUUUCCUUACCAGCUUUCUGGUGCAAAUUAAAGCAGACCAAGUCUUCUGUCUCAGUGACAGUCUCAUUUGAACUUGGGGAAAAAAACGUUCAAGUUCCAGUGCCUGACUUGCUAAACAGGUUGCCUGUGGUUAAGACGGCCGGUGUAGUCUUGUGGCAUAGUUUUAAGCUGCUUUUACAAUAGAAGUUUAAAUACUGUGAAGAGAAGAAAGCACCGAGUAUUUCCUUUCAUGAAUAUAUUGCAUGCACUGUGACAGAUGGAGGUAUCAAUUUUAUAGCACAGUAGACAUGUCGACUGUAUUACUAUGUAUGUGUGUCCACAUUAUUUUUUUCCCCCAAAUGUUUAAACUGCAGACAAAACGUUGAACUUGAUUUAAUGGAGUAUCAUGUAGGAAGAAUUAGCCUGGAGCUUGUGAACAAUAGCAGCCUGCUAAAAAGUGGGUGCAAAGGUUUUCAUGUGCACUGGAGCUUGUGUAUGAAUGCUGGGGAUUAUAAUCAGGUACAAGGACAUCUCCCCCUUCCUCCCCCCUGGGACCAAGCCCCUGGACCAUCCCAUAGUAAAUUUUGUUCUGGCAGAACUGAAAAAUAAAAACGGAUUUCAAAACUGUAA